AUGGGUUGCACGGCCUCUAAGCUCGACAACGAGGACACCGUCCGCCGCUGUAAGGAGCGCCGCCGUCUCAUGAAGGAAGCCGUCCACGCUCGCCACCACCUUGCCGCCGCCCACGCCGAUUACUGCCGCUCCCUACGCCUCACCGGCUCUGCCCUCUGCUCCUUCGCCGCCGGCGAACCCCUCGCCGUCUCCGAACAAACCCCCGCCGUCUUCCUCCACCCUCCCCACUCCUCCACCAAUUCCAUCCCUCCACGUGUCCCCCCUUCUCCUUCGCCUUCCCUCCACCCUCCCCCGCCUCCCCCUCCCUUUUCCCCUUCCAUCGCCAGCUCCAAGCUCCCCCACAUCCUCUCCGCCUCCAGCCUCGACGCCUCUUCCAAUCGCCACCGCCGCAAGCAGCCGCCGCCGCCGCCGCCGAAACUCCCCCACAUCCUCUCCGAGACCAGCCCUUGCUCUUCCCCUGCCCGCAGCGAGAAAUCCAAUUUCACCACCGCCUUCCCCACCGCCUACCAAGCCGAGUCCAACUACUCCCGCACCCCCUCCCAAGCCUCCUCUGUUUGGAACUGGGAGAAUUUCUACCCUCCCUCCCCUCCCGACUCCGAAUUCUUCAACCACAAAACUCCCCCGCCGCCGCCGCCGCGACACCAGAGCCACCACCUCGACGAGGCCGAUGACGAGAGGACGGAGGCUGAAACCGAACGGUCAGAGUACGAUUUCUUCCAGAAGCCGAGCUACCCGCAUCUGAUGGAAAACCCCACCGCCGCCCACAAGCAGUACAGUGCCGUCGACCAAGAGUUGGAGAGGGAAGAAGUUCAGUGUAGCGAGUGGGGAGAUCACGAUCGCUACAGCACAACGAGCUCCUCCGACGGCGGAGUAGAAGACGACGACGACGAAGCGGCCAGAUCCGGGAUCGGGACGAGGUCGAAUUUCGGGGGAUCGAUGCGGGCGGAGUCUGUAAAGCAUCAACCUCAGCAGAAUCAGAAGCAGCCGACGCCGCCGCCUUCGAUUUAUCGGAACGCGGAUGGAGCGGGCUCGUCGGCGAGUUUUAGGACCAGUGAGAUGUCGGAUAUGAAAAUGGUGGUGAGGCACAGGGAUCUGAAGGAAAUUGUGGAGGCUAUUAAGGAGAAUUUUGAGAAUGCUGCAGCCGCCGGCGACCAGGUGUCGGAGCUGCUCGAAAUCGGGAGAGCGCAGCUGGAUCGCAGUUUCAGUCAGCUGAAGAAGACCGUUUACCACUCUAGUAGUGUGUUGAGCAGCUUGAGCUCGAGCUGGACUUCGAAACCGCCAUUGGCGGUAAAGUACCAGCUGGACACUGCGGCGGCAGGGGCCACAAGAAGCCUCUGCUCCACAUUGGAGCGGCUUUUGGCCUGGGAGAAGAAACUCUACGAGGAAGUUAAGGCCAGAGAAGGUGUCAAGAUUGAGCAUGAAAAGAAGCUGUCGACCCUCCAGAGUCAGGAGUAUAAAGGGGGCGAUGUAACUAAGCUAGACAAGACAAAGACCUCAAUCAAGAAGCUGCAGUCUCUUAUUAUUGUGACCUCGCAGGCUGUUUCCACCACCUCAACUGCGAUUGUUGGUCUCAGAGACUCCGAUCUCGUUCCUCAGUUGGUCGACCUUUGCCAUGGAUUCAUGUACAUGUGGAGGUCGAUGCACCAGUACCACGAGGUCCAAACCAACAUCGUGCAGCAGGUGCGGGGCCUAGUGAACAGGUCGAUGAAUGGCCACUCGACCUCCGAACUCCAUAGGCAAGCCACACGCGACCUUGAGUCGGCUGUCUCAGCCUGGCAUUCCAGUUUCUGCCGCUCGAUAAAAUUCCAGCGCGACUUCCUUCGAUCGGUCCAGACAUGGUUCAAGCUGACCCUUGUCCCAGUGAGCAGCACAGACAACACCACAAAUGGUGCCGUACAACGGUCCGACGUGUACGCCUUCUGCGAUGAGUGGAAGCUGGCCCUGGAUCGUGUCCCCGACACGGUGGCUUCAGAAGCUAUAAAGAGCUUCAUCAAUGUGGUCCACGUGAUAUCGGUAAAGCAAGCGGAGGAGCUGAAGAUCCACAAGAGAACCGAGAGUGCAUCGAAGGAGCUGGAGAAGAAGGCGUCCUCGCUACGCAACAUAGAGAGGAAAUUCUACCAUUCGUAUUCGAUGGUAGGAGUGGGGCUCCCUGAUAACGGGGCGGAGAAUGGACCGGCGGGGCUGGAUGCUCGAGAUCCACUGUCUGAGAAGAAAUCAGAGCUGGCGGCGUGUCAGAGAAGGGUGGAGGAUGAGAUGGUGAAGCAUGCUAAAGCAGUGGAGGUUACUAGAGCGAUGACGUUGAACAAUUUACAGACAGGGUUGCCGGGGGUUUUCCAGGCCUUGACUAGCUUCUCUGCAUUGUUUACGGAGGCGCUUGGGACGGUAUGCACCCAUUCCUACGGUAUCUAG